AUGAGCAUGGACUCCAACACGGUUGAAACCCUUCAGUCCAACGUUGCUAGUCAACCUUCCACCAGUGCCUCAUCAAGCCGCUACAACACCUAUUCCAUCGAGGCCUGCCGUCUGGCAAAUUCCGACCCGGUCUCUCAGCCCGACGACAGCUCUCAUCAGGCCCCCAGCAGUAGAGACGGCGACUGUAGGGAAGGGAAAGACAGUGUAAAUGACGAGAAAAGCGAUGGGCUCGAAGCUAUGGAUCAAGGUGGUUUCAAGGUCAUGUACGCCGAACGGGAUGACCGGCUGUUGGAUGGCUACUUCUCCAGACUUGGCAGCAAGAUCCAACAUGCCAAAGACAGAAAGGCUCGCAAGCUGGCCCAGCGUCGCCGUCUCUUGCAGGAUGGGAAGAGUUAG